AUGAACGCAAACGCCUUCCUCGACGCCAGCAAUUGGCUUGUGCUUGUUAACGCGAUCUCUUUCUACUUGACGAGCACUCCGCCAAACCGACCUCUCGCUGAGAGCGGGCAGAUCAUCAAGUCGACGUACGAGAAGACUGUUAUAGCCCGCGCGCUGGCACAUAAGACAUUCGUUUGUUCCGUCUGCGCGCUGCACAUUUUGAGCGCCGUCGCCGGAGAAGAACUUGGCCUCUGCGCGGCAAGAUCCCCCUCUAGUCCCGCGAUCCCCUCAACGACGAUGAUCACCGCCACCUCCGUGGGCCUUGCAAUGAACGCGAUACGCUUGUGGUGCUUCUCAACGCUGGGAAAACAUUUCGACUUUCAAGUGAAUAUCAAGAAAACACACCAGUUGGUCACAAGCGGGCCGUACUCUUUUGUUCGACACCCGUCCUACAUAUCUGGGUUUAGCGUGUGGGCCACUGCAACCGUCGUCUUAUUCUCAGAGGAUCACUGGUUUUCUCGAUGUGCAAGGCAGAGCACAGUGGGUAGGGUAGCUGGGUGGUUAUGGCUGGUGGAGGUGGCGAUGCUGGGGUAUAAUUUCUUGGUGGUGCGGCCCAAAGCAGAGGACGAGGGUCUGAAGGAACAUUUUGGGAAGGAAUGGAAUGAGUGGGCGGCAAGGGUACCAUACAGAAUCUUCCCGUACAUCUACUAA